AUGGCCAUAAAGCGAUUGUACAAGGAAUUUUUAGAUUUUACUAAUAAUCCUCCACCAGGUUGCUGUUCAGCAGAUCUAGUAAACGAUGACUUUUUCACUUGGGAGUGCAGGAUAACUGGACCUGACAAAAGUCCAUACGCUGGAGGUGUAUUUGUUGUUCUAAUACGGUUUCCAUGGGAUUAUCCUUUUAAACCUCCUAGGGUAAAUUUUACAACACAAAUAUACCAUCUAAAUAUUAAUGGAAAUUCAGGAUCACCCUGUACAAAGCAUCUUUGGUCAAAUUGGUCGCCACGUUUAACAGUGUCAGAAAUAUUACUGAGUAUCUCAGCAGUGUUAAAUUCUACAAAUAGUGAUUGUCGAUUGAACGGAGAAGCUGCAAGGUUAUAUAUAGAAGAUCGAAAGAAAUAUCAUGAUACAGCAGCGGAAUGGACACGAAAAUAUGCCAUGUCACUGUACACUUGGGAGUGCAAGAUAACAGGACCUGACAAAAGUUCAUACGCUGGAGGUGUAUUUGUUGUUCUAAUACGGUUUCCACGUGAUUAUCCUUUUAAACCUCCCACGGUAAAUUUUACAACAAAAAUAUUUCAUCUAAAUAUUAAUGGAAAUUCAGGAUCACCCUGUACAUGCUGUACAACGCUGUUGUCAAAUUUGUCAAAUUGGUCGCCAACACAAAGAGUGUCAGGAAUAUUACUGAGUAUCUCAUCGGUGUUAAAUUCUACAAAUAGUGAUUGUCAAUUGAACGAAGAAGCUGCAAUGUUAUAUACAAAAGAUCGAAUGAAAUAUUAUGCUACAGCAGCGGAAUGGACACGAAAAUAUGCCAUGUAA